AUGGACGAAGGAGCCAUAGCCCGGAUCCUUCGCCUCGGCAUUGCAUAUCGCAUCUUCAAAGAGCCUAGGUACGGCGUCAUAGCCCAUUCUGCAGCGUCAAGACAGAUCGCGGACGAUGCCUGCGUAGCAGACUGGAUUGGCGCGUCAGUGGACGAUAUGUGGCCUGCAGCCCAUAAAGUGGUCGACGCGCUCACAAAAUGGCCUCAGGCAGCGGAGCCUACUGAAACAGGAUUCGCGCUCGCCAAUGAUACCAACUUGCCGCUUCAUGCCGUGUUAGCGCAGAACCCGCAGCGCGCACGUCGUUUUGGUGGCGCCAUGAGCUUCUUUACCAAGGGCGACGGCUUAUCAUUACGUCACUUGACGGACGGAUAUCCCUGGGCUGCAACGCCAUCUGGUACGGUGGUCGACCUCGGUGGCUCUCACGGCGACGCAGCGUUUGCACUAGCGCGGAAGUACCCUGACCUUCACUUCAUUGUGCAAGAUCUGCCUGGAGUGGUUGCGAAUGCGAGAUUAUUGGAAGGCCUGAAUGUGGAGUUCAUGGCUCACGACUUCUUCGAUGAGCAGCCAGUAAAAGGUGCUGAGGUCUAUUACUACCGACACACAUUGCACAAUUGGCCAGACAAAUAUUGCACUAAGACGUUAAAGGCGUUGAUACCGGCACUGAAGACAGGCGCCAGGCUGCUGAUCAUGGAUAUGCUGAUGCCUCCGCCUGGCGCGCUUCCCAAUGAUCUUGAUCGUAAGCUAAGGUACGUGUAUGCAGCUCUUCACGCCAGCGUACUUCUCACCAAGGACUCACAGGGCCAUGGAUCUAACUAUGUUGGAAAUUGGAAAUGCCAAAGAGCGCGAUCUGAAUGA